GACGGACACCUAGCCGGCUGCAGGUCCCGCCUGCAUUGUUCGCUUCAUCUGCCCAAGAUGGACGACGCCGCCGAGGACCCUACCGCCGCCACUGUUUUUACCGUCCUGAACCAGACUCUGGAGCUCGACUUUAGCUUCUGCCCACGCCUGAUCAAAGGCAAGACGACUAUCGACAUACAGCCGCAGUCGCAAAAGCUGAGCGAGAUCCAGCUGCACUGCCGCCAACUCAAAGUCACCAAAGUCACUGUCGCAGGCCGCGAAGCUUCCUUCGAUUACAGCAACCUCUACGAUCGACUCUCACUCUACCCCGGAACAGGCAUCGAACAAUAUCACUUCCCGCAGAAUCGCAUACGGAAACAUGAGGAUCAUGUGGAGAAGGAGCUUGUGAUUUAUCUACCGGAUAGAACGCGCAUCAAGGAAGUGCGAUCAGUGGGCGCUCAGGAUACCUCGUACGAAUCGCUCGAGGUCGCGAUAGAAUAUGUCUUGGACGACUUCCGCGAUGCCGUAUAUUUCGCUGGUGUAGAGGAUGGCGAUGCGCGCUAUCCUCACGCCUAUACCCGCAACUCGCCUUUUCCCGGCACGGCUUCUGCGCUAUUCCCUUGUCUGGACGAUGGCACCACUCGUGGAACUUUUGAUGUGUCCGUACGAUACCCGCGCACAGUGGGCGACGCGCUUUCCAAACGGUUCAAGGCACGACAAGCGCAAACGAGCGGGCCGCCUAAAGCAGAUAGUGUCGUGAGCGACGCGGAUGAAGAUCAUAAUGACUUAACAGAGGACGAAAAGGCGUUGGAAAUGGCUGUCAUUUGUUCCGGACUGUUGACAGAUGAAAUUGUUGACCCCAACGACCCGACUCGCAUGACUGCCACCUUUGCCAUCGGAACCUCGACCGGAAUCUUGCCUCAGCAUCUCGGAAUCGUCAUCGGCCCUUUCCAACACGUAGACUUAUCCGAAUAUCGUGAUACUUCCGAAGACGAUCGGCUGCAAGACGAAGCCAUCAAAGUGCACGCAUUUUGUCUGCCUGGGAAGGAGGAUGAAGUGCGCAACAGUGCCAUGAUGAUUCCCCGGACUCUCGACAACUUUACCGACAAAUACCAGACCUAUCGAUUUGGAAAGUCAUACAAAAUGGCAUUUGUGGAUGAUUUGGAUUGCGACACCGCCCAUACCAUGUCGCUUACUAUCUGUAGUUCUCGUUUGCUAUUCCCGGAAACGGUCUGGGAGCCCUUGGAGCAUACCACUCGAGUUCUCAUCCACGCGGUCGCUAGUCAGUGGAUUGGCGUGGAUGUCAUCGCACAGGAGCCUACGGAUUAUUGGGCUAUUGUCGGCGGCUCUUGGUUCAUGACCGAAUUCUAUCUUCGAGAGCUAUUCGGGCGCAACGACAAUCGCUUCCGCCAGAAGUUGAGAAUGGAUAAGGUUAUCCAGCUGGACAUUCGGCGACCGUCGCUCUGGGAACUGGGCAAAUACCUGCAAGUCGAUCCUGGAGAGCAGGAAUUCAUGGAACUCAAGUCACUUUCUGUGCUUUCCGUACUUCACAAUCGGUUGAUCAAAGUCAGUGGAAAGAAUGGUGUUGAUCGCUGCUUGUACCGGUUGCUUUUUCAAUCUGGAAAUGGCCAGCUGACGAACGGGGCCAUCUCCACUGACAGCUUCCUCAACAUCUGCGAAAAGGUCGGACAUCAGAAGCUGGAGAACUUCUUCAACCAGUGGGUUUAUGGAUCUGGCUGUCCCACUUUUGAAUGCACUCCUUCGUUCAACAAGAAGAAGCAGGUAGUGCAGCUCGUUAUCAAGCAAACACAGGCCGACCCAAUCAUUUUCCAGGAGGAGCGCUCGCUAGCGGCGUCGGAUUUUCUGCGCGAGGCCAAAGAAAAGAGCCACGGCUUCUCACCAGAUGGUGAUUGGCCGGCCUUUGUUGGCCCUAUGACGAUUAGGAUUCACGAAGCAGACGGAACGCCCUACGAGCACAUUGUGGACAUCAACUCCUCCACCGUAAAGGUUGAGAUUCCGUACAACACCAAAUACAAACGACUUAAGCGAAACAGGCUGAACAAGGAGCGCCAGGCUGCUGCUCAAGGCCUGGACGUAGCUGGCGAGGCCCCCGAAGAUGUUACUUUCUACUCGUUGGGCGACCUUUUCCAAUCGCCCGAAGAGAUUGCGGAAUGGAAAAUUGAGGACUGGUCUGCGGAGGACGAACAAAAGAUGGAGAGCGAGGCUUACGAAUGGAUACGUAUUGAUGCCGAUUUUGAGUGGAUCUGCAAGACAAACAUUAAUGACAUGCCCUCAUACAUGUACGUUUCACAGUUACAACAGGACAAGGACGUUGUAGCACAGGUGGAGUCUAUUCAAUACUUGGCACGCAAACAAGCACAUGGAUUGCUGUCUAGUAUCCUGCUCAAAACUCUCAUGGACCACCGAUAUUUCCACGGCAUUCGCACCUUGGCGGCCGAUGUUUUACCCAACAAUGCGACGGAAGGAAAGGAUAUGAUUGGGCUGUUUCAUCUGAUUAAAGCGUUCCGCGAACUCUUCUGUCUACCAAAUUCCCCGAUGACUCGAUCAAACGAUUUCUCUGAUCGGGCUUCAUAUCUGAUUCAGUGCGCGAUUCCGAAAGCGAUCGCUCGAAUCAAAGGGUCUGACGGCAAGGCUCCGGUCGAAGUCAAAAACUUCCUGCUCGAUGUCAUGCGUUACAACGACAACCGUGGCAACGAUUAUAGCGACGACUACUAUCUUGCAACUCUUAUGCAGUGUCUUACUGAGUGCAUCACUACGUCGAAACCCAACCCAACGGAUAUGGAUCCGACUCUCAACUUAUUAGCAGAGGCUGAAGAGCACGACUUUAAGAAGAAAGCGAGCGACGAACUGCAACGGCAUCUUCGCUUGGACGAAUGGAUCCCGACAUAUCAUAAUGUCUACACCACGACAGUGUUGGAGUGUGAGGCAAAGUUGAUUAGAAAUCGGAUCAACCCUUUCAAAGUUUCUGAGUUUCUACAAUACACACAAUCUGGUAAUGCCGACAAUGUGCGACUGGCAGCAUGGAACUGUCUUGUUGAUCUCGGCAUUCUCAACAGCAAAUCCAGCGUGGUCAAGUACAUGAUUCAGGAGCUUCAGUCUGACCCCUCGCCCUAUUUGAGGUCGCAGUUAUUGCGUGUCUUCGGCAAAGCUAUUGGUCAAGUUGCUGUUGGCGACGUCUUUACACUAGACGAACCACUGGACAGUGGGUUUGUGCUUGAGGAGGAGUCGAAUACCACUAACCGCGCCGCCGGACUUGCUCGCCGGAAUCUCGUGGGAGCCCUCGAGGGAUUGAAGAAAGACUUGGCUAGCAACGAGACACUCAAACAGUCGCUCGUGGAGGCCCUUUCGUCGAAGUUCACGUCGCUGCGUGAUAUUGCAGAACUUUUGGAAGUAGCAUCACUAAUUGCCGAUCAGAAGAAUCAACUGGUAGUGAAGCUUGAUUACCCACGCUACUGGAAAGUGGAGAGGGCUCGACGCGAGGAAGCUGGAUUCUGGAUGCGCUUUUACCACUCUACACGCAUUCGCACAAAACCGUUGAAGCCAUGGCCGCCUGUAGAACCUGUUGUUGCACCUCCACCUACCGUUGCAGCACCUCCACCAGUGUCAGCGCCAGUGCCAGCGCCAGUGCCAGCGCCAGUCACAAAGACGCCAUUGCCGACGCCGAUAUCGAGGCCGUCUCUGAAGCUGAAGCUGACCACUGGGGGUACUUCAAACGCCACUCAAGCGGCGUCUCCAGUGCCAACGCAUACGCCUACGCCCACAACGAUUGAACGAUCUGUGGAACUUGCGCCGCCACCACAAAGGAUCAGUUCGUUGGUGGCUCAAGGCAACAUGCCACCAAUUAUCCCUGUGUCCUCUCCAGCACCGUCAUCGGCCUCGAUAUCUGUUUUCUCAAAGUCGCCAGUGAUCAAGACGAAGCCUGUAGGAGGCUCUCCUAUGCCGUCUCCCCGGCCUUCUCCACGGCCUUCACCGGCUCCUCUAUCUACAGCAUCGACCCCCAUGGAAGGCAUUGAAAGCACAGCCUCGACACCCAAAGUUUCGACGCCAAAAACCUUACCUCCAGCCAAUACAUCCACCUCUGGAUCUAUAGCUGCCCAUGCAAAACCUCCAAAGGUUCCAAAGCCAAAUGCCGUCCCUAAACCCAACAACGCAGCUCCGGCAGCGAAGCCUGCCACUGGAUCCGCAACUCCCACACCAUCUACUCCCUCCUCAUCUUCCAUGCCCAAGCCAAAGCAGUCCCUCAGCAUCAAGCUUGGUGGUAACAAGCAGUCUGCCUCUACGCCCAAACCCGCGCCGCCUUCUACCGCUAAACCUCCAAAAGCACCUAAGAAGAGUACCAAGAUCGUCAAGCUUAAGGUUGCUCCUGAAAAGCUCGCCCUUGUUCGCGACGGCAAGCUCAAACGCAAAGCUUACGAUGGCUCCAUCGACCAGAGGCCUUUCAAACGGCAGAGCACGGAGCCUUCGACGGUUGCUAAAGGAUCACUGACGUCUUCAUCCUCAGGGAAACCGAAGUCGAGAGUCAGUGUCAGGAAAUCGGAGAACAGAUUGCUUGUUAUCAUGAGAUUUGCGCAGGGUAAAUUGAAGCCACAGUGA